GGAAAGUUGUUGCAUGCGCCACGCGCUCUUUUCACUCGGCGCCGGAGUUUGCCUGGGACCGGACGAGGAGGAGGCGGAGGAGGAGGAGGCCAGAGGUGUCUGGAUUUGAGAAGGCGGAAAAGAAGGACCUCAAGAUUGCAAGGGUGGGGAAAACACAAGAAGGGAGUGCUCUGGACACUUUGGGAGGAGUUCCCAUCUGCAUCUUUGGUGCUGCUGCUACCAUAUUAAGGUGGUCUCUGCUGGAGAGGAAGGGAAGGGCUUCCUUAGCUCCUUCCUUUUCUCAGCGACAUUGGAUGCACCCAGAAGCGAACCCCUCUUUCCCGCCUUUCUAUCUCUUACCUCCUCAGCCUGAGGCCGGCACUACCAUCGCAGCUGAUCCGGGAAAUCAGAGGGAGCACCUGGCAGGAGAAGCUGUGUGAGUGCGUCUCCUGGGAGAGGCGGUGAUGCUGGGGUGCUCUAUUUGGGGCUCUGCACCCCCCACACCAACCAGGGAAAGGAAAGGAGCCGAGUGGCUUGAACUGCUCCUCUUGCUCCUGCUCAUCUUCUCAGGCUGGGUUUUGACUCAACAACCGGUCAAUUGCCCCCGGGCUUGCGAAUGCUCUGAGACAGCCAGGACAGUGAAGUGCAUCAACAAGAAUCUGACCGAGGUCCCGCAGAACCUGCCUCGAUACGUCCAGAACCUCUUCCUCACUGGCAACCGCAUCCGGCACCUUGUGUCGGGCACCUUCCUCUCCGAGCCCCACCUGGAGCUGAUCAGCCUCAACCUGAGUGGCAAUCUGCUGGAGACGGUGGAUGCUGAGGCUUUUGCUGGGCUGCCGGGCUUGAAGCGCCUGGACCUGAGUGACAAUGCUCUUGUCUGGAUCAGUCCCAGAGCCUUUGGCAAUGCCAGCAGCAGCUCCUUGGAGGAGCUGAACCUACGCAACUCCCUCUACAAUGCCAGCCAGGUGGCAGUUGUUGCUGAACUGCUCCAAAAGGGAACCCUCCUGAACUUGACGCACCUCGACCUCUCGAAUAACAAUCUGGUUUAUUUGCCGACCAGCAUCUUCUCCAUGCUGCCCAACCUGCGGCAGCUGGAUGUGCACAACAACUCCCUGGUGGGCUUGCACAACGUCUCCCUCUGGGGCCUCCGCCAGCUGCAGAGCUUCAACCUUGGGGACAACUCCCUCAAGUGCCUGAGGAACAGCACGCUUGUGCAGCUCCACAGCCUCCCUUGGCUCUCCAGGCUUAACCUCAGCCACAAUCCCUGGGUCUGUGACUGUAACAUUGAGGACAUGGUGAACUGGCUGAAGGAAAGCAACCUGGUGGAGGCCAAAGGGUCUAUCAAGUGCUCUUCUCCUGAAGAGAUGCAGAACAGCUCCUUGGUGAGCCUUGACCUCUCAGGCCUGAAUUGCCCCGAGCCAACAGAUGACCUGACUCAGCUGCAGACUUCUUAUGUCUUCCUCGGGAUAGUUUUGGCUCUCAUUGGUGCCAUUUUCCUCCUGGUUUUAUACUUGAACCGAAAAGGGAUCAAAAAGUGGAUCUACAAUAUCAGGGACGCCUGUAGAGAUCACAUGGAGGGAUAUCACUACAGGUAUGAGAUCAACGCCGAUCCCAGGCUGACACACCUGAGCUCCAAUUCAGAUGUCUGAAGAAGCUCUCUGUGGAGAAAGGCAGGCCCAGUGCACAAUAGCCGUGCAUGAGAUGUAGACAAUUAGCUUUAUUCCCCCACAUGCUUGCUAGUACUAUCCCUUGUCACACUUUAGAAACAUCACAGACUUACCUGUGCUGUGCAGAGAAUUAUGCCUACCUAUGCCACAAAAUGCACACGUUGUCUUUGCAGUGAUGGUUAUGAUUAUUAUUGCCCACAGUCAGCUGUGCAUGAUAAAAGGCUGUUUAUUUAAACAAAAAAACCUAUUGCGUUUAUGUCUCCCUGCCUGUUUGCUUUACAAGUUGCUACCAGUCCUUGCUUGGAGAUUUGUCAGCAUAAAAAACAAUAAUAAAGGGAUAUUUUUAUCUUCUUA